UGUGAACCCGUCCUAUAUACUCCGGAGCGUGGAAAAUGGCUGGCGGUGCAGAGCAGCAGCAGGCUCACAGAGCCGGGGUGUUAAAACAGAAAAACAAGCACCACAAACACGGCAAACAUCGGACCAAGGGCGAGAUUGAGCGGGAGAACAAAGGAAGGGUAGCUGUCAAGACUCUCAGUAAGAAGCAGAAGAAGGAGCAGAGGAAGCAGGACCGCAGACACAAAGCCAGCCAGCUCCGCAGAAACAAGAAGGACACUGUCCUCUCAGAGAAGAGGCAGCUGGGCAGUAAAGACGGCCCCCCACACCUUGUGGCGGUGAUCCCACUGCAUGCUGGGAUUGACGUCCAGAAUGCCCUGCGGCUGCUCCGGAGUGCUGAGACGGGAUCGGUGCACGAGGGUGCUGGGGGAGGGGACAGUUUUGGGCUUGUCCUGCCACGAUUCAAGCAGAGACUAAUCUUCAUCAAACCCAACGCAGCGGACCUGCAUGCUGUACUGGACCUGGCGAAGGUUGUGGAUACCCUGCUAUUUGUGUUGGACCCCACAGAGGGAUGGGACAGCUACGGGGAUUACUGCUUGUCCUGCCUCUUCGCGCAGGGGCUGCCCAGCCACGUGCUGGUGACUCAGGGGAUCUCGGAGCUGUCUGUCAAGAAGCGCACAGAGGCUCGGCGCGCUCUGUGCCGCGUGACGGAGUCUCGGUUCCCAGAGGCUCGGCUGUUCAGCCUCGACUCUGCCCCGGACUCCGCCCUGCUGCUGCGCCACCUCGCCUCUCAGAAGCAGCGGCGGCUGGCGUUCCGCUCGCGCAGGCCCUACCUGCUGGCACAGAGCGCCUGCUUUGAACCCGGGCCUGGCCCUCUGGGCACCCUGCGUGUCUCGGGGUACGUCCGCGGCAGAGCGCUCAACGUCAACCGGCUCGUCCACAUCGUGGGGCACGGAGACUUCCAGAUGAGCCAGAUUGAUGCCCCCCGCGACCCCCUGCCCAUGACGGCCAGGGGCACGAGAGGGGGCGACAUGGAAAUGCAGGAGGGGGAUGACGAGGUGAGGAUGCUGAUGAGGGCAGACCCCUCACGGCAGGAGAGCCUGCAGAUGGAGGCAGAGCCCGACCCCAUGGAGGGGGAGCAGACCUGGCCGACCGAGAGCGAGCUGAAAGAGGCGGAAGAAGCCCUGAAGCAGCGGAAGGUGGCACGGAAGGUGCCUAAGGGGACAUCGGACUAUCAGGCUUCCUGGAUCAUGGAGAAGGAAGGAGAGAGUGAGGGAGAGGAGGAGAGCAGCGAUGAGGAGGAGGAUGACAGGAUGGAGGAGCAAGAGGAUUUCAUGGAUGAGAUUGACUCGCAGGACGGUGAUGUGAGCGAAGGGGAGGAAGAGGAGGAGGAUGAAGAAGAGUGCGAGACGCUGACGGAGAGCGGGCGAGACGAUCAUUACGAUGAGAAGAUCGACGUGCAGGAGGAGAGGGAGAUGGUGGAGCGGUACAGGCAGGCGCGAUCCGACCAGAUGUUCCCAGACGAGGUGGACACGCCGCUGGAUAUUUCCGCCAGGGUCAGGUUCCAGCGGUAUCGAGGGCUGAAGAGUUUCCGCACCUCCCCCUGGGACCCCAAGGAGAACCUGCCGCGGGACUACAGCCGGAUCUUCCAGUUCCAGAACUUUGAGCGCACCCGCAAGCGUGUGUUCACCGAGGCCGAGGAGGAGGGGCAGGAGGGGGCUAUGGUGGGCUGGUAUGUGACAGUCCAUAUCAAGGAAGUCCCGCCCUCAGUGAUGGAGCAUUUCCAGCGAGGCAGCCCAUUAGUCCUCGUCUCCCUGCUGCCUCAUGAACAGAGGAUGUCGGUAGUGCACAUGUUGGUGCGGAGACACCCUGGGAACACGGAGCCAAUCAAAUCGAAGGAGGAGCUGGUGUUCCAUUGUGGGUUCCGCCGCUUUAGAGCGUCGCCAAUCUUCUCCCAGCACACCUCAGGAGACAAGCACAAGCUGGAGCGGUUUUUGAGGCCGAACACCCCUAUAGUGAUGUCAGUGUUCGCACCAAUCACCUUCCCUACUGCAGGAGUGCUGGUCUUCAAACAGAGAGCCAACGGAAUGCAGGACUUGGUGGCGACGGGCUCCUUACUGAAGGUGGACCCUGACCGUGUGAUAGUGAAGAGGAUUGUGCUCAGCGGACACCCCUUCAAAAUCCUGCGCAAGACCGCCGUGCUGCGUUACAUGUUCUUCAACAGAGAGGACGUGCUGUGGUUCAAACCGGUGGAGCUGAGGACUAAAUGGGGCAGACGGGGACACAUCAAGGAGGCCCUCGGUACUCACGGCCACAUGAAGUGUGUGUUUGACAACCAGCUGCCCUCCCAGGACACUGUCCUCAUGCACCUCUACAAGCGGGUGUACCCCCACUGGACAUUCGACCCACACGUCCCCGAGCCAGCGAGCUGGGUGAAGAACGAGGCUGUGGUCAACCCUGAGGAGAUCGAAAUGGAGUAGAGGGAGGAGGGGAGGAGGAGGAGGGGGGGGUGGUGGUGGUGAUCAACAUUGAGUGAACCACAGAGCCACACUGCUAGACUGAUCUAAAAAGAAGAAAAACACAUAUUGAACAAUCCCAGUGCUCGGCCCCCUACUGCCAGGAAGAGUGUACUGCAUUGUUGCAUACUUUAUUUUGUUGAGUUAAUUAGCAGAGAUUAGUAGCAACUGUCAAUCCUGCUCUUGGUUAUUCAUUGCAGUUCUUUAAUGGGGGUGAUAUGUGUGAGUGGUUAAUGGAAGUCCAGCCCCUGGUUCAAUUUCCAUGCAGCUGUACUUAGACUGGUCAUGUGCUGUCUUUCAUUUCAACUAAUGGAAAACAGUUCAGGUUGUAAAGUGUAUGCACGUGCAUGUGCAAAUUAGGUCUCCAGGAGAACCGGUGAAGAACUGAUGGCUUUAUUAGGCUGCUGGAAAAACCUGGAUUUGUGGAUCAGGUUACUGAGGAACGGGAGGUUCUUGUUGCCGCUGCUUAAGUGAAGGCGCGAGGGUUUGAGUGAUGUUUCUGUUCAUCGCACGCCAAGGAGUGAAGGCUUCAGUUUGCCUUGAAAGUUCUGACAGACAGGUGUGGCAAAAGGCACUGCGUCUGCACCAGUUAAAUAAAAGCAACCUCCUAGACACCACUCAUUUGAACCUCUGUAUAGAAAUUGUAUGGAUGUGUGUGAAUGUGUUUACAGGACAUUAAAUUAUUUCAUUUGAA